AUGGUUAAUUGCUUGCACCAGGGUCGGGUAUCUGCCUUCACCUCUGGCUCAGAAAACCUUCACUAUGUAGAGCAAGUUACACGUGGCACAAGGGGCCAGAUUUGUGCUCUUGACAACAGGUGUGAGGAGUGUCAGACGUGGGACAACGAGACGCUGCUAAAGGCUUGCAAACACCAACGUCAACUGGAGGCUAAACGCAAGUCUUACAGCAAGAAGCGUUCUUCCGCAUUACACUCGUCAUGCUCUUCCCCCGGGUUUUUGGAUUCUGAGGUAGGAGGUGAAGUUCUAGAUGAUUCUGUGGUUUCAUCACCUUCCAACAUGGACCCAGGACCGUCAGCCUCUCAGCUCCCCCAAUGGUGACUGCGGUCACGUCCGGCGCCCCACCCACCCCAGGCGACAGAGAGCUCACACUGGUGAGACAAGUCGGGUCAGUCAGUGAGGGACGGUCGCCAGUGGGUUAUACAAG